GAAAUCUUUUACAAAGUCAGUGAAUUGCAUUAAAAUGAUUGCUGCCACCAGAACGGAAUCGUUGCGUCUGCUUCACAUGGAAAAUCCUUUCAAAGCAAUUUUUCAAUUUGUCUGGGAUUUAUUGGUGUUUUUCUUGAAGGCGACCUUCUUUACAUUGGAGUCCAUUUAUUAUUCUUUGAUACCGGAUCGUUUCAGGAAAAUUAAGGAGAUUUCAGGACAAGUAGUAUUGAUCACUGGCGGUGGAGGUGGAGUUGGCCGGUUGUUGGCGUUGAACUUUGCUAAACUAAAUGCUCGUGUAGUAGUCUGGGACAUCAACCAAGAAGCCAUUAAAACUACUGUUGAUUUACUCGGCCGGAAUGGUUUUACCUGCAAAGGAUAUGUUGUUGAUAUUUCCGAUCGCGAGCAAGUAUAUGAACGAGCCUCACAGACCAUCAACGAAGUGGGUAAUGUCGAAAUCCUUUGCAAUAAUGCAGGUGUCGUCUGCUGUCGUCCGUUCUGGGAUCUUCCCGAUCGAGUCAUACAGAAUACUUACAACAUUAAUAUAAUUUCGCACUAUUGGACUGUAAAAGCAUUUCUACCACAUAUGAUGCAAAAUAACCUUGGCCACAUUGUUACAGUAGGAUCAGUGACUGGCAUGCUGGGCACCUACGGCUGCAGUGAUUACAGUGCCACGAAAUUCGCUUGUAUCGGUUUCCAUGAAAGCCUGCUGACCGAUUUAAAAGCACAUGGCUACGAUCGCAUUCAAAUGACUUUGAUCUGUCCAUACUACAUUAAUACCGGCAUGUUCUCCGGCGUACGACCGCGCAUGUUUCCAAUGUUGGAGCCGCAAUAUGUCGCUGAUCGUAUCAUAGAGGCAGUUCGAAAGAACGAAGUUUGGUGUGUGUUGCCCAACUCGAUUCGCAUGCUUACUCCAUUGAAAUGCCUCUUGCCUGCAAAAGUAUGCUGGGAGCUUAUGUCGAGGGUUAUUCGAGGACCAGAAUCGAUGAUGAUGUUUCAAGGACGUGGUAGAGUACCCGCCGGUUAAGCUAAUUGGAAAAUCGAUACGUACUUCCCAAAAAUUAAUCCCGGUAUCCCGCCUUUUUUAGGUUCCGAAAAUACCGGGAUUCUUGGCAGAUAGUCCCGGGAUUUUCGAGAUUUGUAAUUUGCACUGAGGCAAUAACAGAAACUCCUUUUCUU